CAAUUUACUGCUUCUGUGGCUCCAUUACCCUCCCACCAAACGACAGCCAAUCGUGUUCUGUCAACCAUUGUGGAAGAGAAAAUAAGUAUUUAAUUAGGCACUCGAGCAUAAACUAAAUGCGUACCGUCAGCUGGAGAGAGUGAAUUGAAGAAACUUCAUCAUGGACUACGUUAUUACAAAGUAGUAGCCAACACACUUGGAUAAAUGCGGAGAACACUUCAUGAUGGUAUUAUGAAUAUUAGUACUUUUCUAAAACAUGGGAACCCAGAUGGACUGCUGCUCCAGCCGCUUUGGGAUGAUCUGCGAGCACAACGGGAGUUCCUCACGUCACCUUUCCUGCCCGCAUGCUACGCUUUCCUCAUCCACCUUCUCCUCUGCGCACCUUUUCUAGCCUUUGAAGCGCUGGGAUGUUUCUGGCCACGGAUAAAUCUCUACAGGAUCUCGAGGACCGCUGAACCGUUGCUGUUGUGUUUGCAGCGAUGGGUUGGCUGCUGUUGGAGGAUUUUUCAGAAAUACCUGACAACUGUUCUCCCAGCCACCGCGCUUUAUCAAAGAGUUAGGAUUCCAAGAUUUCCCGAACUCGCGCCAUCAUGCAGCCUGCUCAUUGGGGAGGUUAUCACGUGCCUACUUUUAUUUGAUGCGCUGUUCUUUAUAUGGCAUUAUUCCAUGCAUCGGGUUCCCUGGCUGUAUCGGAGGGUCCACCAGACUCAUCACCAGAACCGGAUCACCUUCGCCCUGACUGCCCAGGACGCCAGCCCGGCUGAGCUACUCUCCCUGCAGAUGCUGGCCCUGAGCAGUGCCUGGGUGGUGGGCUGCCACCCUCUGAGUGAGGCCCUGUUCCACCUCCUCAACACCUGGCUGGCCAUAGAGGACCACUGUGGCUACGACCUGCCCUGGGCUAUCCAUAGACUACUGCCCUGCUUCGGAGGGGCCCCCUUCCACCAGGCACACCACCACAUCUACAGGGGGAACUAUGCCCCCUACUUCAGGCACUGGGACUGGCUCUGUGGGACCUACCUGGGGGUAAGGGAUGAGGCUGGGAGUAAACAUGGAGGGAGGACAAUCAGGAGAAGGAGAAGAAAGAAGAGCCUUGGAUCUGUCUGUGUGUGCGCACAAGCUUGCAUGUGUUAAAAUGAAUGUAAUCUAUGAAGCAAACAAAGAACUGACAUCUUAGGUAGCAUCAUUAGUACAGUGAGUACAGGCUAACACAUGGGUUAUGUGUACUUGUGUUUGUAAAUUACAGGUGGUUAUGUUGACUCAAAUGGAAUAUUUUGACAAGCAUUAGAUAUGAAGAGACAAUGCUGGUCAUUUGGCUAAAUGUGAAAAUAAAGGACAGCCGCACACUCUAGGAGCUCAGAUGCAAAAAUGUAAUGUCCAACGUUUUGACAGACAAGCUGUCUUCAUCAGGGUAUAAUGACAAACACUGCGGGAUGACUAGUUUAUAUAGUGUCAAAAGACACAUGCAGGUGUCAUGGCUUGUGAAAGUAUUGUGUAUUGUGAAACAUAUGUGAUUAAACAUGAAACUUUUUGUGAAAAGAUGUAAUGUGAUGUUACAGUUCUAAACGAGAAAAUACGGGUUUUCAUGUCAAGUUAACAAAAUCAUUGGUCACGCCCACGUGAGCAUAGACAUUAAUUCGGUGUCAUGGAACCGCCCCUUCUUCCACAGAGUAUAAAACCCACUUCCUACAAAAUCUACAUUAAGUCAGAGAACGCCGGGACAGAGUCCCCACGUUGGAAUGGCUACAAUUCUAUAGAUCAUUAGACCAUACAGCUGUAGUUUAUGGCUACACGAUUGGAAAUGGUUAAACUCUGAGACUAUCAAUCACUACAGAAUAAGAGCAAAUCUUAGACACAUACAGUGCCUUGCGAAA